CACUUCCCGAUACUGACGAACGCCUUUACGGCAGCUCUCGGCCACACGUGUUGUCAUCGCAUGGAAGUCCUCUCCGAGUAAAUAGCUGCUGCUAGCCGAGCGACUGUUGUUUUUGCGGGAAUUAUGUCUUUCAGAGGAGGAGGAGGACGAGGAGGAAGAGGAGGAGGUGGAGGAUUUAGCCGAGGAGGCAGAGGAGGUGGAGGUGGAUAUGGAGGAGGUGGAGGAGGAUAUGGAGGAGGCAGAGGAGGAGGAGGAUUUGGACGUGGUGGUGGAGGCAGAGGGGGCUUUAACAGACAAGACUACGGUCCUCCAGAAUAUGUCGUCGCGGUGGGAGAGUUUGUGCAUCCAUGUGAAGAUGACAUUGUGUGCAAGUGUACGACAGAGGAAAACAAAGUCCCCUACUUCAACGCCCCCGUGUACUUGGAAAACAAGGAGCAGAUCGGGAAGGUGGAUGAGAUAUUUGGCCAGCUCCGGGACUUCUAUUUUUCAGUUAAACUUUCUGAUAACAUGAAGGCGUCUUCAUUUAAGAAAAUGCAGAAGUUUUAUAUAGAUCCAAUGAAGCUCCUCCCGCUGCAGAGAUUCCUCCCCAGGCCGCCAGGAGAGAAGGGUCCGCCAAGAGGAGGCCGAGGGGGAAGAGGUGGUGGUCGUGGAGGUGGUUUUAGAGGCGGCCGCGGUGGAGGAUUUGGAGGUGGACGAGGCGGUGGAGGAUUUGGAGGUGGACGAGGCGGUGGAGGAUUUCGAGGUGGUGCAGGAGGUGGCUUCAGAGGAAGGGGAGGAGGAGGAGGACGUGGAUUCAGAGGCGCGAGAUAAUCUGAUGGUGACGGUCUGCUGUGACGGUCUCAUCCUCGUCUUGUGCUACACAAGCAAAAGCCCUGGACUCCAUGACGGUGCCUGGCCUGUUGGACUCACAAUAUGGACAUUGCCUCUAUUUGAAGAACUUGAAUGGAUUUUCCUUCUUAGUUUUACUUUUGUACCAGUUUUUUUAAAUAUGUGAUGGGUGACUAUUAUUUAAAAGGUUCCUGUGUAUGUUUGUGUCUAACAACGAGGACCUUUCAGCCUAAUAGGGAGGUCCUUAUGGGGUCCCUUUGUGAACAGGCUUAUCAAUAAAUAUCCUGUGCUUAUUUUGUUCAAAUGUUUGGCUAUGACAGAUGUUUGUACGGAAAAUAGAGAUACAUUCACAAACCAUGUAUUAAUUUCUUCCGAUGUGGGAAGUCUUUAUAUACUGUUAGCUGAAAACAUUUUAAUACUCAGUUUGUAAAAUCUUUAGCAGAAUGUUGUCACUUUUUUUGUUAAAGGCCUUGAUUAAAAGGUGAUUUGUAAA